CCUAACAGUAACAAAGAGGUAAGCUGUGCCCAACCAACGCACACAACAAUAGGAGGAAUGGCUGAAAAAGCAGAGUUGGUAUCCACACGCCUGCUGGUCCCCCUUCUCCUUUUCAUUGGCUGGAUUGUGGGCUGCGUCAUCAUGAUUUAUGUUGUCUUCUCCUAGAAAGGCAAGAAGAUUUCAGAUCAACAUCCUUUCGAAGAGUUCAGAAAAACAAUGAAACUGACUAAUUAUUAAAAUUUCCUCUCAUGGAUCACUGAAA